AUGGGGGCCCAAUCUGUCUGGGCCUCAGGCCUCCUGGUGCUGUGGUUGCUGCUCCUCGUGGCUGGGGAUCAGGACACACAGGACACCACUGCCACGGAAAGGGGGCUUCACAUGCUGAAGUCGGGGUCAGGACCCGUCCGUGCUGCCCUGGCAGAGCUAGUGGCCCUGCCCUGCUUCUUUAUCCUGCAACCACGGCUAAGCACUGUGCGAGACAUUCCUCGGAUCAAGUGGACUAAGGUUCAGACUGCAUCAGGCCAGCGACAGGAUUUGCCAAUCUUGGUGGCCAAAGACAAUGUGGUGCGUGUGGCCAAGGGCUGGCAGGGACGGGUGUCAUUGCCUGCUUACCCCCGGCACAGAGCCAAUGCUACCCUUCUGCUGGGGCCACUGCGAGCCAGCGACUCUGGGCUGUAUCGUUGCCAAGUGGUAAAGGGUAUCGAGGAUGAGCAGGACCUGGUAACCCUGGAAGUGACAGGCGUCGUGUUCCACUAUCGAGCGGCCCGGGACCGCUAUGCGCUGACCUUCUCUGAGGCCCAAGAGGCUUGUCGCCUGAGCUCCGCUACCAUCGCCGCUCCACGGCACCUGCAGGCUGCCUUCGAAGAUGGCUUUGACAACUGCGACGCGGGCUGGCUCUCAGACCGCACGGUUCGGUACCCGAUCACUCAGUCGCGUCCUGGUUGCUAUGGUGACCGCAGCAGUCUGCCGGGUGUUCGGAGCUAUGGGAGACGGGACCCGCAGGAACUCUACGAUGUCUACUGCUUUGCCCGCGAGCUAGGGGGUGAAGUCUUUUACGUGGGCCCCGCCCGCCGACUAACCCUGGCGGGCGCGCGAGCACAGUGUCAGCGGCAAGGUGCAGCGCUGGCCUCCGUGGGGCAGUUGCACCUGGCCUGGCACGAGGGCCUGGACCAGUGCGACCCGGGCUGGCUGGCAGACGGCAGCGUGCGCUACCCGAUCCAGACUCCGCGCCGGCGUUGCGGGGGCCCGGCUCCAGGUGUGCGCACAGUGUACCGCUUCGCCAACCGCACCGGCUUUCCUGCGCCAGGAGCACGCUUCGACGCCUACUGCUUCCGAGCUCAUCACCAUACAACACAACAUGGAGACUCCGAGAUCCCCUCAUCUGGAGAUGAGGGGGAGAUUGUGUCAGCAGAGGGGCCUCCAGCCCGAGAACUAAAGCCCAGCUUGGACGAGCAGGAAGGGGUAGCAUCUGACUUCCAGGAACCUCUCAUAUCCAGUGGAGAAGAUGAACCCCUAGACUUGACAUGGACACACGCAUCUCAGGAGACCCUCAGCUCUACCCCAGAGGGUCCCACACUUGCUUCAUUGCCCUCUUCAGAAAAGUGGCUGCUUAUUGAUGCCACAAGCUCCACAGGUGUCCCCAGCCCCAGCAGCAUGGGAGUAGAUAUGGAAGAGACAACACCCUCAGGCACACAGUUAGCCCCCACCCCCACGAUGAGGAGGGGCCGAUUUAAAGGGUUGAAUGGUCGACACUUCCAGCAACAGGGCCCAGAAAACCAGCUGCUUGAGGCAGCAGCAGCCAGUGCCCAGCCUCCAACCCUGGAAGUUACUGCUGACCACACGAGGCCUUCUGCAGCCACAGAGGCCUUGGGGAGUGACCAGAGCCACAGUCCUUGGGCUAUUUUGACCAACGAAGUGGAUGAGCCAGGGGCAGGCUCUCUUGGCGGUAGGAGUCUCCCAGAGUCACAGAUGUGGUCCCCAUCGUUGAUUUCACCCAGUGUCCCAAGUAUCGACAGUACUCCUGGCCUGAAGCCAGGAGCAGCAGCCGAGGCCCCCAGUGUGAAGUCGACCAUCCAGCUGCCCUGGUUGCCCUCAGAACCCGCUGUUGUCCCCUCCUCCAGUCCCUCAGAGGUCCUAAGUGCUGUCUCCCUCCAGGCAUCCCCUGGCGAUGGUUCCCCAGACUUCCCCGUUGUAGCCAUGCUUCGAGCUCCCAAACUGUGGCUUCUGCCACGUUCUACACUUGUCCCCAAUGUGACCCCGAUCCCGCUCUCCCCAGCUUCUCCACUACCCUCUUGGGGCCCAGAAGAACAGGCUGUCAGGCCUGUCAGCCUUGGAGGGGAAGACCUCAAAAUCCCACUUCAGACCACCAUGGCUGCCCCAGUUGAAGCCAGCCACAGAUCCCCUGAUGCAGAUUCUAUAGACGUCAAAGGGAUCAGCUCUGAGCAGGUUACAAAGCAUCCCGUCUCUGGCCCAUGGACGUCUCUGGACUCUAGUAAUGUGACAACGAAUUCUGUCCCUUCUGAUGCUGGCAUCCCAGGGACUGAGUCUGGGGUCUUGGAUAUACCAGGGAGCCCCACAUCAGGUGGACAGGUCACUGUGGACAAGGUGCUGGCCACUUGGCCGCCACUGCCUGACCAGGGACUGGACCCUGGCUCCCUGUCCACACCCACAGAAGCCCAUGGGGUCACCAUGAGUGUGGAACCUACAGUGGCUUUGGAGGGAGGUGCCACUGAGGGCCCUGUGGAGGUCACCAUGGAGACUACCAUAGACGUGGUCCCCAGCACUGCUAGUGCCACAUGGGGGUCUGAAACCAAAAGUUCCGUUUCUAGCACCUACAUGGCUGCGACCGUGGCCGGGGUCCAGGGAACGCCCACACUCACCCCUAUAAGUACCGAAGGCCACGCAGAGCCAGGGGGGCAGAUGGUGGCCCAGGCGUCACUGGAGCCUCUCAGCAGUCUGCCUUCGCAUCCCUGGUCAUCCCUGGCCUCCAGCAUGGAUGAAGUGGCCUCAGUUUCCUCAGGAGAACCCACAGGGCUGUGGGACACCCCCAGCACUCUGAUACCUGUGUCCUUGGGCUUGGAUGAAUCAGACCUGAAUGUUGUGGCUGAGAGUCCAGGCUUGGAGGGCUUCUGGGAAGAGGCGGCCAGCGGGCAAGAAGACCCCACAGAUCCCUGCGAGAACAACCCCUGCCUGCACGGGGGCACCUGUCACACCAACGGCACCAUGUAUGGCUGUAGUUGUGACCAGGGCUAUGCUGGGGAGAAUUGUGAAAUUGACAUUGAUGACUGCUUGUGCAGCCCUUGCGAGAAUGGGGGCACCUGCAUUGACGAGGUGAAUGGUUUCAUCUGCCUCUGCCUCCCCAGCUAUGGGGGCAGCCUGUGCGAGAAGGACACUGAAGGCUGCGACCGUGGCUGGCACAAAUUCCAGGGUCACUGCUACCGGUACUUUGCCCAUCGGCGGGCAUGGGAGGAUGCAGAGAGAGACUGCAGGCGCCGAGCUGGUCACCUGACAAGUGUCCACUCACCAGAGGAGCACAAGUUCAUUAACAGUUUUGGACAUGAGAAUUCGUGGAUUGGCCUGAAUGACAGGACAGUAGAGAGGGACUUCCAGUGGACAGACAACACGGGACUGCAAUACGAGAACUGGAGGGAGAAGCAGCCAGAUAAUUUCUUCGCAGGUGGGGAGGAUUGUGUGGUGAUGGUGGCACAUGAGAGUGGACGCUGGAAUGAUGUCCCCUGCAACUACAACCUCCCCUACGUCUGCAAGAAGGGUACAGUGCUGUGUGGCCCCCCUCCAGCAGUGGAGAAUGCCUCUCUUGUCGGUGUGCGGAAGGUCAAGUACAAUGUCCAUGCCACUGUACGAUACCAGUGUGAUGAAGGAUUCUCCCAGCACCAUGUGGCUACUAUCCGCUGCCGCAACAACGGGAAGUGGGACCGGCCUCAGAUUGUGUGCACCAAACCCAGGCGGUCACAUCGGAUGCGUAGACACCACCACCAUCCACACCGGCAUCACAAGCCCCGCAAGGAGCACAGAAAACACAAGAGACAUCCUGUGGAAGACUGGGAGAAAGAUGAAGGGGAUUUCUGCUAAAGAUCCAGACUAAUCAAGCAC